AUGUGGCUAUCCGACAUGCAAAAAAUUGGCGUCGGCCUGACGGCAACCGGCCUGUUCUUUAUGUUCUUGGGCGUACUGCUGUUUUUUGACUCGGGUCUACUGGCUAUUGGCAACAUCCUCUUCCUCUCGGGCUUGACGCUGGUCAUUGGAUUCAACAAGACCAUUGCCUUUUUCAUGAGGAAACAAAAGAUUCUGGGAACGGUCUGCUUCAUCGGAGGCAUCUUCAUUGUCUUUCUGAAAUGGCCAGUCGUGGGCAUGAUGGUCGAGCUCUUUGGCUUCAUUAACCUGUUCGGCGACUUUUUCCCUGUUGUCAUCGGCUUCCUGAGGAAAAUGCCAGUCAUUGGCCCGAUUCUGAAUCUUCCGGGGAUCGCUCAGAUCGUCAAUCGCAUCUCCGGCACACGAUUGCCCGUUUGA